ACACCAUCUUCUUCCUGUUGGGGUUCCCCGAAUUCACCCAAUCCCGGGUCCUCCUCAUCAUCCCGUUCCUGUCUCUCUACGUGGCCAUACUGUCCGGGAACUGUCUCCUCAUCUACCGGAUCUGCGUGGAGAAGAGCCUCCAGUCUAUGAUGUACACCCUGAUCUCUCUCCUCCUCGUGGUGAACCUCUCUUGUACAAACACCGUCCUGCCUCCAUUCCUGGUGAGCCUGGUCCUCGCCGAGUAUCAGAUCUCUCUGGGCGGUUGCCUGGUCCAGAUGUUCUUCAUCUACCUAUCAGUGGCUAUGGAGUCAGCGGUGGUUCUGCUGAUGGCCUUUGAUCGGCAUAUGGCGAUCUGCAGACCUCUUCGCUACCAGGAGAUCGUGACCAAGCGGCUUUUGGCACAGCUGGCCCUCCUUUGUGUGAUCAGAAGCAUCGCCCUUGUGUGCCCCAUAGUCAUAUCUGUCUCCAAAGUUCACUUCUGUGGCUCCAACAUCAUCGAGGGCUUCGCCUGUGAAAAUAUGGUGCUGCUGAAGCUCGGAUGUGGCGACAUCUCCAAGAUCAACAUCACUGGCCUGGUGCUCAGGGUCUUCGUCUCGGCGUUGGACGGGAGCCUCAUCCUCAUAUCGUACUUGGACAUUCUCCGUACCACGAUGAAGACCGUGAAAGGACAAGCUAUACGAAAGGCCUUGAACACGUGUGGCACUCACCUGAUUGUGGCCGUACUCAUCUACACUUGUGGCUUGCUGUCCUCCAUUGUCUACCGGACGGGCACAGCCGUUCCCGCCAAUGGGCAAAACCUAGUUAGCGCAAUCUACUUCCUUUUCCCUGCCGCUGUGAACCCAAUCAUCUAUGGGCUGAGGGUGAAGGAGAUAAGGAUUUGCUUAGUGAGAGCUUAUGAAAGAAGGAAAUUCCACGGACCAACCGGGCCCAACCCAACAAAUCUCGUACAAAGUGCCGAAUCUGUUCUCGGUGAAGUGAAAAAAUAAGUACGGGGCUU